AUGAUAGCUCUCAGCCAUUCUGAAAUCACCAUGUUGGACGCAUUGGACAUGCUGUACCUCAUCGCCAUAUGCACGGUUUUGUAUUUUGCGGCGAAGGUUAUCUAUCGGGUCUAUUUCCAUCCACUGUCCCGCUUCCCGGCGCCUUUCGUGAACAAGUUCAGCCCAGUCCCAGCAAUCCUGUCGCUACUUCGGGGUCGAAUGGGCAUGGACAUUAAGACUCUACAUGAUAAAUACGGACCAGUGGUGCGUAUCAGCCCCAACGAGCUGUCCUUCAAUGGGUCCCAGGCCUGGGAAGACAUUUAUGGAUACAGACAUGGCCGGCUCAAUAUGGCUAAAGAUGCCAUUCAUGCGGGCCCCGUCCAGCCUAUCAAAGGCGUGGUCAGCAUGCAAUACGAGCCGGACGAAUCCACACACGCACGUCAAAAGCGAGGCUUGGCCUAUUCUUUCUCUCAGAAGGCCCUGAAUGAGCAAGAGGCCAUCAUUGCCAGUCAUGAACAUAAGUUGAUCAGCAAGGUUGCAGCUUUCAGCCAGCAGGGCCAGGCCUUCAACCUCUCCGACUGGUAUAACUUCCUGACCUUCGACACCAUUGGAGACCUGGCCUUCAAGGAAUACUAUGGCUGUCUCGAUGAAGGCAGUUACCAUAACUGGGUGACAUUAGUCUUCAAAGCAGUCAAGGCGGGGGCGCUCGUGCAGUCGACUAGACGGUUCGCCUCGGCAGGGACGCCCUUGCAAAAGUUGUUGUUGCGCUGCUUUGGUGAUAUCUCAGCGCCGAACCGGAGGCACAUGGAGCUGACCCGGGCUCAAGUCCAAAAACGUCUUGCAAGCACAGAUGAUGACCAUCGUGACUUUAUCUGGUACAUCCUUAAACAAAAGGAAAAGUUCGAACUACGCGAGGAGGAGAUUAUCACGAACUCCGCCCUAUUCAUCCUCGCCGGGAGCGAGACAACUGCGAAUGCUUUGUCAGGGCUUACCGCUCGAUUGUUACGUUCCCCCCGGACUUAUGAGAAGCUGGUUGAAGAAAUUCGCAACGAGUUCCCGACCGAGGAGGAUAUUAAGCACGAUCGAACCAUGCGAAUGCCUUACUUGAAUGCCUGCAUCAAUGAGGGUCUGCGUGUGCACCCGCCUAUCACUCCGGGACUAGUCCGGACCGUUCCUGAUGGUGGCGAUAUCAUCGACGGCUAUAGCGUACCUGGCGGGACGACCGUCUCUGUCAGCUCGUGGGCUGCCUCGCACAACCCUGAGAACUUCCAGCAGCCCGACGAAUUCAUUCCUGAGCGAUGGCUAGAUGUCGCUUACUCUGCCGAUAAGAAGAAGGCCACGCAGCCAUUCUCGCUUGGACCUCGUGUCUGCCUGGGCAAGAAUCUUGCCUGGAUGGAAAUGCGGCUUAUGCUCGUCCGCCUACUCUGGCACUUCGACAUCGUGAGCUCCGACGGCGCGUCCAAAUGGGAUCCAGAGGGACAGAUGAAACAUAUGAAGGCAUGGAUGGUGUGGGAUGUUCCAGAGCUCAAUGUGAAAGCGAUACCGGUGAAGAGAUAA